GGUGUCACCAUGUCUCAACAUCACUCAGAGUCAGAAGAGCUCGAACUGCCCGUACUUGGUCAAACGUACACACCAGGACAAGCAAUUGAAUCUUUCAUUUGGACAGUAACAGCGAAGACAACGAAGGCUAACUUACACGAGAAGCUCAAGAGCUAUGACAGGCCAACCCGUGGCAAUCGCACGGAGAUGUUGGACAGACUUCGUCAGUUUUCCAAUGACCGAGACGAGUGGCUGAGGAUUGAGGAGGUGUUCGGAAUCGAAGAACAAACAAUUACGUACAAAAGCAAGAAGAGCGCAAAUUGCACACAACGGGCGCUCCAGGAUGACAAUCGAGCUGCAAAUUCAGCAUGGCGAAAAAGCUGCCACCAACAAAUUGCCUCGACAACCGAAGCUGAAGAACGUCCGCAACAGGAUGCUUUUGCUGUUCGUAUGCGGAAAGUGGAUUCCAACAUGUCAUCUGUGCGAGAGGACCUCAGUAAUGUCGAAAAUCACGUCAGUGUUCUCACAUCGCACAUUCUCGAUAUGAAAACACUGAUGAAAUCAAAAGAUAAAGAUACACGCACCUUACACAUGGAGACUCGAAGCUCUGGGUGCCAUAACACAGUUGUCCAGUCCCACGCAGAAGCACGCAUUGUCAGCAACAAUGCGCCGUCCAAACCUCGCACAAUGAUGCAGACAGCAUCCACAUCUCUGCCUCCAGAGGUAAUCCCCCCCGAAAACCUCGGAAUCGCGCACCUUGGCCAAGAGCAGUUUUUGUAUGACAGGACAACUGUGCCGUCACCUCCUACAGUCCACCUCUCGAAAGAUAUUAACCGGCUGUGUGAAGAAUGGGAGGAAUCGAACUUACUUGUUGUCAACGGUCAUGGAAUCCCUGUCAAGUAUUGGGGUGAGUUCUACAAGAAAGGAAAGGGUGUCAAGACUGCAGCAUGGGAUGCGCUUCGAGUAGAAUGGGGAAAUUGGAAGAUCCUGAACUGUCUCGCAGAGCACCGAGUCUCUGCUGCUGCCCGAGACGCUAAAGAUGCGUGCGAUUUUUUUGGUGGCAACCUCGACCACCCACUGGCCCGCAGUGCCUUUUGCUACACAAAAGGUGGCAGGGCUUACUUGUCGAGCAAGGACGACACCGUUGCAAAAAAGUGGCGCGAGCUUCUGAUGACAUGUCCUGACAUUGUCGAACAACGGACACGCCAAAUCUUCGGUGGACCACAACCCUGA